AUGAACACCAGGGCCCCGGGGACGCUGGUUGUGGGGAGAGUGAAAUACUUCGGCCGCCACCAUGGCGAGGUCAACUCCUCCGCCUUCUCCCCCACCGGCCAAACGUUGCUCACAGCCUCGGAGGAUGGCUGUGUGUACGGCUGGGAGACGCAGAGCGGGCAGCUGCUGUGGAAGUUGCGUGGUCACGCAGGUCCUGUGAAGUGCUGCCGCUUCUCCCCUGAUGGCAACCUCUUCGCCAGUGCAUCUAGGGACUGCACCAUCCGCCUGUGGGAUGUGGCAAGCACCAAGUGUCUGCAGGUCCUAAAGGGUCACCAACGAAGCGUGGAGACCGUCAGCUUCAGCCCAGACUCCAGGCAGCUGGCAUCAGGUGGCUGGGACAAGAGGGUGAUGCUCUGGGAGGUACAGUCAGGUCAGACAUCACGCCUAUUACAGGGGCACCAAGACUGUGUCCAGAGCAGUGACUUCUCACCCAGCUCCAACUGUUUGGCCACCGGUUCCUGGGACUCCAGUGUGCGCAUCUGGGACCUGCGGAGCACCUGCCACCACAAGCUGGAGGGCCACAGCAGUAACACCAGCUGCGUGUGCUACUCAGCAUCCGGCCUGCUGGCAUCUGGUUCCUGGGACAAGACCAUCCGCAUCUGGAAGCCCCAGCUGGCCAGUUUGCUUCUCCAGCUCAAUGGCCAUGUCACCUGGGUGAAGAGCAUAGCUUUCUCCCCGGAUGAGGCAUGGCUGGUCAGCGCUGGCUAUUCCCGCAUGGUCCAAGUCUGGGACUGCAAGGCUGGGAAGUGCAUGGAGAUGCUGCAGGGGGUCCUGGAUGUGGCCCACACCUGUGCCUUCACGCCAGACGGAAAACUCCUCGUGUCUGGAGCUGCUGACUAGCCAUGCUGAUUCAAGUCACCUCUGUGCCACCACUCCCAGACCAGCACGCUCCCACCCUCAACCCCACCAUGAAGCGGUGGGCCUGGCAGAAUGAACCAACAGAACAGACAGCUCCAUGUCAUGGGCCAAAGUGAUAGCAGCAGAGCACCCAGCAGACUCCAGAAGGCAGGACCUGAGCAGGGGCCCGCUAAACCCACUGGGCACAUGAUAACCACAGCCAGGCCCCUUCCCCCCAAACACAAAGCAACCGCUCAGCCGGUUUGUUUUAUUGACACACAGGGCUCAGGCCUUGACUGCGUACUUGCGCAGUGGGUACAGCCGCUCCUUCCGCUGCUGCUUCCUGGUCUUCAGGCUCUCCUCGUGCUUGUUGAGGCGACGGCGCAUGGCCCGCGUUUUCUUGGGCCGCAGAUCCAGGGGCUUGUACUUCUUACCCUGGGAUGAGGGGAAGCAGAGUCCGAGGACCAGGGUUUCAGAGCCAGUUGUAUUGCGCAAACGAACCCACCAGCUGCUCCACGGGACAAAGAGGCAGUCUGAUUCCAGAAAGACCGACAACUUCAGAAGCCCCCAGGAAGCAGUCUAGGCUGUCCUUUAGGAUAGCUGUGAGCUGGGAUCCAGACAACAGCAGUAGGUUGGCAGCAGCUAAGGAAGCCUCAGGCAGCUUGGAGGGGGGACGACGUGUGCACGCACGCGCCUUGGUUAAGGGAAGUCCUAGUUUUGAGUGCAACUGGAACUCACACCCAAGACAACAGGCUCCUUAGUGGGACCACUUUCCCCAGCUACGGAACCACAGUCCAAGGAAGGGGCACCCGCAGCAUUCUGCCAUCUGGGGCCUACAUGACGGUGUGGACACCAAGCCUGCCCCCAGGGCACCCAUAUUAACCUCUAGAGGCAGGGCUGGCUCACACACCACUAACUCCCAGGUGAAGGGCUCCAGACCAAGACUAUUUUCACAGGUUUUUGUUCAAGCCCCAGCCCACCCCAAUUCUUCGGGCUGAGGCCCUCUGCUAGGACUGCAGUCCCUGCCCAAGGAGCCCUCGGCAGACAAAAGACACAGAACUGCAGCAAGCCAGGGGAUUCCGAGGCAGGAAAAUACGUGUCCACCCGCACAACUCAGUGGCCCCAGCACAAGCGCAGCAGGUAGACCUCACCCACCUCCCCGGCUGUGAGGGGAUCUGACCAGGGCACAGGGCACCCACUAGAGGGCCA